AUGUAGUCUAUAGAGGCAAUAUUUCUAUGACUUGGAUUAAUAUGUUCCUUUACAAACAGGACAUUCAAGGGAGUCGUAGGGUUUGUGCUUCCGUUCUUUCUUGAUCACUAUAUCAAAUCAACGUCCCGGGUCGCACAAUUAAAUUCGUAAGUAUAAAGUGUCCAAAUGAUGGUCGCUUAGCAUGCAGUCGAAAAGCGGCCCUUAAAUUACAAAUUCGUGCCGGGUACGCUCAAAGAAAUGCCGGGUGCUUUGAAAAAAAAAACCAGGCGUUUUGUGGUAGCUGGCAGUAGGUAUAUCAAAAGUAGUAAAAGAUGCAUAAGUUGAAUCCUCCUCUUUCCGUAUAUCAUGGCUGCCCAAAUUUCCAAGAAGAGAAAAUUCGUCGCUGACGGUGUUUUCUACGCUGAACUCAACGAGUUUUUCACUCGUGAACUCGCCGAAGAUGGUUAUGCCGGUGUUGAAGUCCGUGUCACCCCUGCCCGUACUGAAAUCAUCAUCCGUGCCACUCACACCCAAAAUGUUCUUGGUGAAAAGGGUCGUCGUAUUCGCGAAUUGACCACUCUCGUUCAAAAGCGUUUCAAGUUCCCCGAAGGUGCCGUUGAACUUUAUGCCGAACGUGUUCAAAACCGUGGUCUUUGCGCUAUUGCUCAAUGUGAGUCUGUCAAGUUCAAGCUUCUCAACGGUUUGGCUGUCCGUCGUGCCGCUUAUGGUGUUAUCCGUUUCGUUAUGGAAUCUGGCGCCAAGGGUUGUGAAGUCGUUGUUUCUGGUAAGGUUCGUGCUGCCCGUGCCAAGGCCAUGAAGUUCUCUCAAGGCUUCAUGAUCCACUCUGGUAACCCUGCUCGUGAAUUCAUCACAACUGCUGUCCGCCACGUUGAUUUGCGUCAAGGUGUUUUGGGUAUCAAGGUUAAGAUUAUGUUGGACAACGAUCCUACCGGUCGUAACGGUCCCAAGCAAACUCUUCCUGAUAUUGUCACCAUCUUGGAACCCAAGGAUGACACUCCCAUCUUGGAACCUUCUGCCCAAGAUUUCAGACCCGCUGCUCCUGCUCCCGUUGCUGAACAACCUACUGAAGCUUAAAUUACAAUCAAUUCCCUUUCCUAUUGAUUUUCAGCAAUAAAAUUUGUGUAUAUUUAAGAAUUGAA